GUGCGGAAGCGAUAGACAGACGUCAUUCUUAGCUGUGACUGUUUGUGCAUUUGGCCGUUGAUUUGGAUUCCCGCCAAGGUGUUCUCCAAAUCUCACAGGCAAAAAAAGCUGCAAGGCACCGAAAGUUUUUGACUCGUUCGCAGAGAAGCCCUUUUCUGGAUAUGACCGACAAUAAAGACGCCUCCACAUCACCGCUAGAGAAUCACGAUGACAAAACUACCACACAAUUAUCAUUGAAAGAGAUGAAAACAUUUGAACGGUGGCGCAAGGGCUUACAGUAUCUCACGGGCUUGGGCAUGUCCAAGGAAGAACAAAUGCAGUUCGAAGGCCAAGUAAGGGAAGAACUGAAAGAAGGACAAUGCAAACAAUGCGAACUGUGGAAAGACAAUUUAUUAAAGAACAGUCCUUCGGUUCGUUUCAUGGUGGAUAAUUUACAAAAAGUCGGCAAGGAAAUGACCAGAGACAGCUUUCAAUGUUUUCCUUGCGAUGAAUCACGAGCGGGUGGAUUUUCACCCGAGGAAGGUGUGCUUCUUUGUGCCAAUCAUUUCAAUUCCAAGACGCAUCAGGAGACUACCAUGGUUCACGAAAUGGUCCACAUGUGGGAUCAUCAUAAGUUCAAGGUAGACUGGGGCAACCUUCGUCAUCAUGCUUGCAGUGAGGUGAGAGCAGCAAGUUUAAGUGGAGACUGCAAUUGGUCCCGAGAGAUUCAGCGUGGAUUCUACACAUUUACCAAACAGCAUCAGGCCUGCGUCAAACGUCGUGCCAUCUUAUCCGUGGCCGAAAAUCCCAAUUGUAAAAACAUGGAAGAAGCCGAACGAGCGGUCAACAGUGUCUUUGACAGUUGCUUUGCAGACACUCGACCUUUUGAUGAAAUUUACUAAUUUAUUUCCUGUCAAUAUCAUUUGUAACUUUUUAUUGCAUCCUAGAAAAGAAAUAGAAUACUACUACUGAAUAGAUGUAUCCUUUCAACUCACCUAAUCUCACUUUGCAGCCAUCUUGUUUCUGAUCAAUUUACCUGCACUGUAUAAAGACGAGCAUCCUUCCACUUUUUGUUUGGAACAUGGGUAAAGGAAGCAAUGCUAAAAAUCCCUGGAAAGAAAAAUCAUUUCGUUGAUAAUCUUCUUUAUGUUAACCUGGGAUGUGCAGCAAGCGAACCAUUAAAGAUUAUCAAGGUCAUCAUCGAGUCGAUUAUCUCAGCAUCCGACAAGGGUGGACCAUGCGUUGCUGCGGAAUGGGAACAGGCGGAGAGGAGCGAUCCCCAUUCCAUUGGGCAUUGUCGGUCGGGGUUUGAGGGGGAACCUUUUGAAAUGCCGCAUUUGAAGCCAACCCCUCCUUUCCUUCUUUGUACUUUCAAG